UAAAUUUCAGUAAUCCAAUCGUACGAGGGGGUUCUAAAAAUAGAAUGACAUCACAUUUCCGGUACACAUGCGCAGUUCAGCACUGUCAACUCUUCCGCCUAGAUUGAUGAAUAUAGCUUCCAUCUGACAGUUACGCCCGGCUAAAAAGCAACUGCUGGUAGAGUCCAACAAUAGGCAGAAUGCAGACGAUAAAGUGUGUGGUGGUUGGUGAUGGAGCUGUGGGUAAAACCUGCCUACUUAUCUCGUACACCACGAACAAGUUCCCUUCAGAAUAUGUCCCAACGGUAUUUGACAAUUAUGCUGUAACUGUGAUGAUUGGAGGCGAGCCCUACACACUAGGGUUGUUCGACACAGCUGGACAGGAGGAUUAUGAUCGACUCCGCCCACUCAGCUAUCCCCAAACUGACGUGUUCCUAGUCUGUUUCUCAGUAGUAUCUCCUUCAUCAUUUGAAAAUGUUAAAGAAAAGUGGGUACCUGAGAUUGUUCACCACUGUAAUAAAACACCCUUCCUCCUGGUGGGAACACAGAUAGAUUUGAGAGACGAUGCAGCUACUGUAGAGAAACUUGCCAAGAACAAACAGAAACCAAUAACAGCUGAACAAGGAGACAAGCUGGCAAGGGAACUGAAGGCUGUGAAAUUUGUUGAAUGCUCUGCACUAACACAGAAAGGCCUAAAGAAUGUAUUUGAUGAAGCAAUCCUGGCAGCUCUGGAACCCCCAGAGCCACCCAAGAAGAAGAAGUGUGUUAUUCUGUGAGAUUGCUUCAGCUGCCUGCUUUAGCCAUCGGGCAAAAACAUAGCAAGACUCGACCAUGUGUAGCAGUGGCAUACGCACCUGAUAACCCUCUGCCAAGAUUCUGCCUGUCUUGGAGAGGGUUAUCUCCCUUGGCAAGCAGCCAUUGGGCGCUCUAAUGGUUUCUGGUAUUGUCAUUGGUUGGGCUACACUGUGUUAAAUGUUCACAUUCUGUCUGAAAGAACCAUACUGUUUUUUCUGAUAACAACUUGCUUUUAUCUCUCAGAAAAAACAAGUGAAAGACAUCAAGUUUACACCAUCGGCUGUCUUGCACAGCUAUUCUUGGUUAGUCAGAGAAUUUGAAUUCUGAGUCCGUGUUUGGAUUUUACAAAACAUUACUUUAUGUACAGGUAUAGUUGAAUUUUAUGCUUAUUAAGUUCAGUGUACAAACGUAAGCAAGUUGUGUAAAAAGACAUGCAUAAAUAGACCCUCUCGGUCCAUGUAUAAACCAGAUGCUUAGGCUAUAUGUAAAUAUGUAGACAGUUUGAGCGUACUGCUUUCAUAUGAAAGGACCCGCUGUUCCCACCAGCAGUAAAAUCUUCCUGUCACUUUAGUCACUGUCGAAGCAUUGGUAAAAAGAUACGAGAAAGCUUCUCGAGGUAACGGAUAAAGUAAGUUAGAUAGAUUUAUCAAUAAAUGGUCUGAGUCAUGUGUAUUGCAUGCCUGUGGUGACACUUGUUGCCAUGGUGACUGUGGUUUCCAUGGAUACAGACCAAGGUGCCCAGAUUUGAUGUCUGGAUCACACGUUCAUGCUCAUUUCGUCAUGUUGAUCAACAGCACUUGGUGAUGCCUUGUAACAUAAUGAGCUUCCUCUUUACAGCCUGUGCACUUGAGAUAGAUUCUAUUAGCUUGGUAAAUCUGCAAGUUUAUUUUCGUCAGUUCUGUGCCACCUCCUCCUUUUGUCAUGGCCUUCGCCGCCACAAGGACCAAAAAAUGGAUAUGUCUUUUUGUCCAAGCAGACUUCAUCCGCAUUUCUAACAUUUCGAAAAGAUAAUAAAAACACCCUUACUUGUUCUCAGUAGAAUAAAAAAUCUUGCAAGGUAGUCAGCCAUGAGCAGUAAUGCACUUAAACCGCUAGUGUAGGUACGAAAAACUUACGAGAAAUACAUUCAGUAUUCAAGGGGCAUUAUAGUUGCUUUGUCAUAAGAUACUUUCAGUUCAAGAGGCAUUAUUUCGAAGGGUAUAUGAGUUUAGUGGAGCAUUGUUUUCGUUCAGUGAAGCAGAUGAUUGAACUGUGACCUUAUGGACUGAAUUGUUUUCAAAUGACAAAAUAGCUGAUUUGCAGUUUCUACUGAUGCAAACUGUCACCCCUUGGAAGUUGACUAAUAGGGUGGUCGGUAUUUCUGAUCAGACAUUGAAGUAGACCUGAACAGAUAGGCUUUGUUGAACUAUCUGUUGUGUGGUAUCAGGCUGGACCUCUGUUAAUUCAGGGGCCAAGUUGCCUCCAGUUUCUCAGACCUGUUGUUGAUUUGGUUGUUACACAAUAGCAUUAGUACCUAUGCAAGAUAUUUGUUUGCUAUGACUGUGAACCAAUUAGUCGAAUGUUCAGAGAGCAAGUGAACUCUAAUUGAGAAUGAGUAACUCUUUAAAUACCCUCCCAUGAAAGAUAAUUUAGGACUUAACUGGUCCCUUUUGUGAUUUCUCUCAGUUAGGAUCAUUUUUGCAAUGUUCUAAGAUCGUGAGCUCAAUAUUACUGUAACGGAUACAGUUUUUAUUGUCUGUCAAUUCGCCAAGGGGAGAUAACUCAUGCUUGUUUGUGUUGUUGCUGUCAUUCCCCCAUUAGUAAUUUAUGCAUAUUAUAUUUAUCCAAGCCUAAGCUUUGUGUAGAUAUUUUUAACCCAUGGAAUAUGAUCCAUACUUUCCAUCGAUUCCCAAGACCAAUAUGACAAAAAAAUUGUGUAAAAAAAAAGAUGUGGUUUCAAUAUAUCAGCAUCUUUGGAAAAAAAUCAAAGAAUUGUUUCAGGUUGUUCUCUUCUGAAACAGACGAUCUUUAUUUCGAGGUCAGUGUGUGUAAAUAGCAUUUCUGGACGUUUAGAGUCUACUCACGUUUUGUAUUAAUGGUACAGGGCAUCCGGGGCAUAGAAAAAGAGAAAAUAUCAAUUCUGGUUGUGCAUAUAGAAACUUUUAAUUCUUAUUGAGAGUGUUUUAGUCCCAGUCCAUCAACACCUUAUGUUCUGUAACGGUGAUGUGUUUAAGCACCAGCUCCUAGACCAAACAGUUCAAUUGAAAAUGAUCAAGGCAAGCAGAUUAUCAAGCUACCGUAUUCGACGUAAUAAGCGCCCCACUCUAAUAAGCGCCCAUGGUGACAUUUGCUAAUAUAUUGGCUAGUGAACAAUCCCAAUUAGCACCCCUUCCAAUUGAUCAAUGUACACAAGACUUUUUUAUUCGCGUAUAAUACGCACUCAUGUGUUAUAUGCACCCUUAAUUAUGGGCAAUUAAAUUCUGGAAAAAAUGUCUGUCGUACAUAUAUAAUGAUAUUUAUCUUUCAACUGUUUUUUUUCACCAAAAUAAUAUUCUAAUAAGGGCCCCUUAUUUCUAAUUUUUAGAGCGCCCUGUGCCCUACUACGUCGAAUACAGUAUUUUGUUUUCCUGAAUCAUGUUCGAAAGUGUGGACAAACUUAAGGUGUGUGUUUAGUGAAGUGACGCAUCUUCUUUCCUAUGGUAUUAUUAAGCUGCAAGUAGGCUGAAGUAACUGUGUCCCUGCAUACAUUGGGAAGUGAUAGGUCUCGGAUGUUCAGUACCGUCAGUUUUGCGCAUGUCUCCUCCACACUCAUCGUUUUUCCAACACUGGUACUUUUACAGCUUGAGGCUGCCUAGCGGAGGCGAGUGUUGCCCCUCCGUCUACGUCACACAUAGCAUUGUUUCUCAUCUCAAUAUUUUAGAGGGCUAGAUUCAGACAUUUGUAUCUCCAGAUAUUCAAUGUGGAAUGACAUGAUAUUUUCGUACAUUCUUUGACAUGUAAUCUCUAGCAAAUAAACAUACCCAUGUAAAACCAGAA